AUGACUCCUCAAGAGAAAUCAAUAGAAAAGGAGAUUGAAGGAGAACCAGAAGACGGAGAAAUAUCCGAUGACGACGAUGACGCACCGAUGGAGUUACCUACUAAUCAACCGAACUUAUUGAUUAACUAUCCAUCGUCUGACGACGAAGAAAAAUCUCCAGAAGACGUGAUAAACGCAUACAAGCGGAAAAUUGAAGAAGAGAAGACGAAAACGGAACCAACAGAGCCGGAGGUCGUCGACCCCAAAUUAUGCAAAGUUUGCCUGAAAGUCGAGUUCAAGUACAGAUGUCCAAGAUGUGAUCUUCGUACGUGUUCAUUAGAUUGUUCUAAACGGCACAAAGCAGAAAAUGACUGUGAUGGGGUACGGCAACCAUUCGUAAAGGUUGACAAGUUAUCGCAAUACGACUCACAAAAGUCUAUCGAAGAUCAAAAAUUCAUGCAUGUUAUGAAGGAGAAAGUUGGAUUAGGAGCAGAUCAAACUACCGCUUCAGGUAAUGAAGUGAAUCAAUCUGAUGGAGAAGAGAAACCAUUCGACCCGAAUGCCCUAAGAUAUAACACAAACUCCGCAACUGAGCGAUACUUAUUGAAUGCUGCCAGGUUCCGUCAUGUUUGGUUGGGAUUUACGAACGAAGCAGGAAACGAGAGUAGACACGAACAACACUCAGAUACUCUGUUCUGGAAUCUGAAACUUACGUUCAAGAAACAGACUGAAGAUGGUGGCGUUGAAGUAUUCGAGAAGACUGUUGCAAACAUCCCAGAGACUAUUAGAAUAGCAACGGUUCUGAAACAGUUCUUCAAACCACGUCAGUACGGAUGCAUUGUUUCUGAGAGUGACCUCGACGUCGAGAAGUUGAAGCCAUUUAUCGAACGUGGCAUUGAAGAUGUGAAUGUUUAUAUGGAAGUUCACGGAAAUCCAGACAGAUUCUAUGGCGUCCUCCCGGAUAACACAAUUCUCGAAAUGACCAGAAACCGAGUCGUUGCCGAUUACCCAAAAUUUGUGAUAACACUGAAAGACGAGUUCAUUGAGGGAAUGCAGCUGUUAGCACCAGAAGAGCUCGAACAAAUCCAAACGAAAUACGGUGGAGUUGGUAAUGAACGAUUUGGAGGUGGAGGCGGUGGAAGAGGUCGUGGAGGAAGAGGAUUCCAUCGUGGAGGAGGUGGUAGAGGUGGCGGUGGUGGACCAAACCAUCAUAAUAACUUCAGAAAGAGGCAAUCAAAUGGCGGUAGCAACGAUGGCGGUUUCAAACGUGGACGUGGAGGAAAUUUCAAUGGAGGAAAUCGUCGUGGUGGAUAUCAGAAUCGAAACAACCAACAUAAUGAUUCGUUCGAUCCAUUCGAGCCGUUCUCUGGUCCAAACCGUCUUCCAAUGGAAUACAAUUGA